AGGAGGCGACAUGACAGCAGCUAGCGGAGCAGGGCUAGGACAUAACGGUCUGUCACAAACACACCCAUGUCCCGCUAUUCAGUGACAACAUUUUUAAACAGGGUGAUAAUAAGUUUCGAUAAUAAUUAAAGUAGGUUUACACGCAUAUUAUUGAUACGUUUAUUGGAUUAAGAUUAAAACAGCGUUACUUCUGAAUUGUAUGCAAAGUUGAUCAACUUUAUAUAGCAAUUUUUUUUUUUUUUUUUUGCUAUGACAAUGAUUUGUGGUGUUAUAGCUGAGAACAGGGAGAGCAUCUCAAUGCUAGUAUUGACACCAGAGUUUUAUUGAGUCACAUUUGAACACGGUUUGUGAGAUGUUUGCUUUUUAAAAGCCUAUUAAAUAUGCGUGACGUCAGAGAGGCACUGGUCUGUUUGAACAUGGACACGCCCACCGCCUCACACUGGGCUUUGGCAUAACCGCCUUCUGAGAGGAGUACAGGGGGAUGUUCAGGUCCUCCUCCGGCAGUUCGCUUUAGCUGUAGCCCAUAAAGUCCGUGCUGGUAUCUAUCACACCCUCACACACACUCUUACACUCUCUCUCUCACACACACAUUGCUGUCCCGUUACUCGGUGUUGGAGAGUUUGGUGUUUUCCCUGUGCUAGAAGGCUAACUCAAACUUACACAUCGGACACCUGAGCGCGAGCGACCACGCCGUUAUAGCUACGUCUCUUCUCUACAGAUUAAAACCAAACAUUUAUAUAUAAUACAUCAGUGUUAUUUAACUAAUUUUAGCCAACAUGAGAAGAUCGUGUGCUAUUUACGCCACCGGGAUUGUGUGCGCUCAUCUGCUCAUAGUGGGAAUCGCCCUGAUGGUGGCUCAAGUCUUCCAAACAAUGAUUCAGGAGAGGAUAAAAAAGGAAAUCACCCUGGCUGAGAACAGUCGAGUACUGGAGGGCUGGAUAAACCCUCCACCCCCAGUUUACAUGCAGUAUUUCUUCUUCAAUGUUACUAACCCUCAAGACUUCUUGGAAGGCAAGGCAAAGCCUCAUGUCACACAAAUGGGACCUUAUACAUACAGGGAAUACAGGCCCCGAGAGAACGUGACAUUCUUGGAAAACGGCACGAAGAUCUUUGCCACGAAUCCCAAGAGUUUUGUAUUUCUUCCGGAAAUGUCUGUCGGAGACCCCGAGGUGGACCUCUUGACCACUCCCAACAUCCCAGUCAUUGCUGUCAUGAACGAAAUGCACUCCUAUUCUUUUUACAUCCGCCCGCUGAUCUCUAUAUGGAUGAAAUCACUGGGCGUUGACCUGUUCAUGACACGCACCAUUCACGAGUUUCUCUGGGGUUUCAAGGAUCCACUGAUGAGUAAACUUCAUGCCUUGAAGCCUGAGGUGGAUGAAUACUUUGGCCUGAUGUACAAGAAAAAUGGAACCCAUGAAGGUGAAUUUGUCUUCCAUACUGGAGAGAAGAACUACAUGGACUAUGGCAAGAUCGACACCUGGAAUGGAAUAAGACAGAUGACAUGGUGGUCAUCGGAGCAGAGCAACAUGAUUAACGGCACGGACGGCAGCGUAUUCCACACCUUCCUGUCCAGAGAUGAGCUGCUCUACAUCUUUGCUGCGGAUCUCUGCAGGUCGAUCCAUCUGGGAUAUGUGCAUGAUACAGAGGUGAAGGGGAUUCCAGCAUUCCGCUUUGCUCCUCCCGCUGAUGUCCUAGCUGCGCCAAAUGAGAAUCCCGCCAACGCUGGCUUCUGCGUGCCUGCUGGAGAAUGCCUGAGUAAAGGAGUGCUUAAAGUCAGCGUGUGUCGCGAAGGAGCACCUAUAGUUGUUUCAUUCCCACAUUUCUACCAAGCUGAUACAAAGUACAUUGAUGCCAUUGAUGGGAUGAGUCCAAACAAGGAAGAGCACGAAACAUAUCUUGACCUUAACCCGACGACUGGGGUCCCUAUUCGUGCCUGUAAGAGAGCCCAGCUCAAUGUUAUAAUGAAGAGGGUACCUGGCUUCCCUCAAACACGUCUCCUGAACGAAACCAUCUUCCCUAUUAUGUAUGUCAAUGAGACGGCGACCAUCGAUGAUGACUCUGCCUCCCAAAUGAGAACUCUGCUGCUGAUCAUAACCAUAGUGUCCAACUUCCCCGUCAUCAUUGUGGGCAUGGGCGCCAUAUUACUGCUCAUCUUCAUCUUCUUGGUGUGCAGGAACCGUCAAAGAAAGAAUGAAGUAAAACGUAUUGAUUUUACCGAAGCUUUUCAUUCUUUUGCUACGGCGAAAGACGAUACGGCCUACACUCCGGUCAGCAGCAAAUCAGACGAGUCGCCCGAAUCCCACAGCAACCAGCCUCUGAAGAACGGCUCCUACAUCGCCAUGUCACCAGUAGAAGCCCAGAAGUGUUGAUAAAGAUCACUGCGUGGCGUUCCCGCUGAGGGGAUCCACUUGUGUGACUCUCUUUUCCUCUUUUCACCUUUUGAUUCUUUCCACUGUGCAACACGUUCAGGCAGGUCAGCUCCUAGAAACACCACGGUCGAACAAGACGCCACUUCUUUCUACAGGCGUCUUUACGGACCACCUUUCUUCUGCUGACGUUCUUUUUGCUGUUGAAGCAUGGCCUUCUUGACCUGCCAUAUUUUUGAAACAACAAAAAUCGUACUACUCAAAAACACAGUGCUGUUUAUCUAGUCACUUCCUCCAGGUCUGCUGACACUGACACUAUUGUUGACUAGACACAAAGUGAACAAACUGAAAACACCUGCUCGCCUUGUGGGACCGUAUGCCCAUGUGCAUGUUCACCACUCUGUAGUUUCUGUUUAACCUUGUUUAACAUGGAGCUGUGAACAAAGGGAGAGUGUUUAGCGUGAACACAUCCAGGCUGCUAGGAGAAGCCAUCUUGAACACCAGUGUAUAGGCAUCGGCAAGUCUCUUAAAGUGUAUGAUGAAAGUUUAUUGCCACACUACUGUAUUGAAGUCUGUGCAGUCAGACGUCAUCUAAUGAAGGUCUUUAUUUGCCAUAUCUUAACAUUUCAUAGAACAUAAGGCAAGCGUUAUUGUUUGCCUCUUCAACUAGUGUUUAAAAAAGCUAAAGGGUCGAGUGCAGUUAUGGUCGUGGGUGUGAUUGCGUGCGUGUCUGUUUUUUUUAAUGUAUGUGUAGGAAGGCAGGCAUGUUGGUGCUUGCAUAUGUGUUAAUCUCACUGCUGUGAGCUGAUUUCUAAAGAGCAGUGUGCUCUCUUAACCGUCAUACAGUGCCAAGUAAUGGUCCACUAGAUUUCAAAGGUCCCGUCUAAACAUGUUAAAAUGUCAUACUCUAGAUAAAUUGCCCAUAGUAUGCCAGAUCUGGUCAUUUCGCUCACUCCUUCAGCCUACGCCUGAUUCAGAGGGUCUCCUCGUCGUGCUAUGAAAAUUAGCUUUCAUUCCUCUUUUCUGAAAGGAAAGAAAAGCAAGCUUACAAAUCGCACAAGUGAGACUUGAACCUGCUCUCUGCCUUACACGUGUGAGUUUGCUGCGUGAAAGGGCUUUGUAACGUAGUAACGUGAGACCACCUUCGAUCAAAUCCAGUCUGUAGUCAAAAUAUCUGCAAGUCAUCAAUCAAGCCCUUGUGUCCUGUUUAAGGCAUCUAAUCUCCAACUCAGAGAAUGCACAACUAGAUCGACCUCCUUUACUCAGGCGGUUGUUUACAGCCUCUUAUCUCUAGUGACUUUGAGGGCUGACGACUGAAAUUCAACAGUCAUGAGUUCUGUACAUUGUGUGCAUGUUACUUCAGUUCAACUCUGUGAGGCAAUGGGCAAAUUAAGACCCAUGAUUGAUCUGGCACUGAAACACUCUAUGUCCUGUUGAUUUUGUUGCUGUCGAUUCUGUCCACGAUGUUUAAACCUGAAGCAUUUCAGAAGUGAGUAAAUGCCAUGAAAAGAAUCUACUUGGCAAAGGAAAAAGUGCACUUUUUCUAAAAAAAUGAUCCUGCACAUUUAAUGUGCAAUUCAGUGCAGUGGUCCUCACUUGCAUUUCAGAGAUGUGCCCAAAUAUCUGUUUGUCUGCGUGCUUUUGUUUUCUCUGUGUAUCUCUUUCUUUGUUUUUUCUUGUAUGUACUGAUACAAAAUCUAGUCUUCUUAGUCGGCAUAUCAUUUCUGCUAACAGAUUCUCAAAUGCUACACACAGAUAUAGUUGUAUUAUAGUUGUAUUAUUAUGAAAAUAUUUCAUAUGCAUUUGUACAAAGGAUCAGUAUAGAGCCAUACCAUGCCAAACUUUUUUGGUACCAUCUUUAACAAAUUGUGAGUUAUCUAUCCAUAAGUUCAGAUUUGGAAAUGUUACGUUCUACAUAUUUUCUGUUAUUUGUUGCCAUCAAGGUCUAUGUUUCAUUCAGUAUUGUGUCAAAUUGUUCAGACAUGUUUUGUAUGUUUUUUUUUUUUUUUUUUUUUUCCCUUUUUGAAAUGAAAUUUUGAACUGGAUAAGAAUAGCCUUGUGCAUACUGAGUGUUAGUGCUAUAGCUAGUAAACAAACGGAGGUGCAAGGAAAGUAACUGGAGCAUUUAUGUGAACACCUAUGGCCUUCUUGGUGUGCUUUUGUAGUCAGAAGUACACUGAUUUCCAGCAAUGGCCUUUAUAAAAGUAUAAACCCAGAAAGCUGUGGACGAGCCUGCUGGUCCUCGUUACCCCGAAGUGGAACGUUCCACUCGUCCUGACUUGAAAUUUUAAGCUCUCCAACCUGAGCCAUUUCCACACUCUACUGACUUUUGAGCCCAAACCUUCUCGUUGCUUCACUCAGCUGUACACUCGACCAAAGAUAACCUUACAGAUACAAGUGUCCCCCAUUUGUUUGCUUUCAUAGAUACAGAUGUAGUUCCAUCAAUUUGCCAAUUUACAACACUCAAGGGCAAAAGGCAAAAGAAAGUCAACAAAGUAUUUUUUAGAUAAUACUAAGGGAGAUUUCUACAGCGUUUGUAACAACUCUCAGCGCUGCAACAACACUCAGAAUUAUGUAUUGACACAGCAAUACAUUGUGUAAAGAAAAUUUUGUAAAGCUGAAAAAGGUUUUGUAUCCAAACACAUUUAUGUAUCAUAUUGAGUGAUAUGUUCAUUAUCAGGACUUUGUAUAGUGUUAAUUCUUUUGAUUCUUCCUCAUUUUCUAAUAUUUCACCCAAGUUUUUUCUUUCUAUUUUCUUUCUACCCUCCCCACAGAUUUAUAACGUGGUUCUGAGUGUCGUUCCACAGUUGUGAUGUUAAAACUGUGUAUAUGAUGUGUAAGUUCAGUGGCAGUGAUUGAGAAAGGCUUGUGUGUGUUUUCUCUUUGGUUUGGGAUUUUGAGAGUAAUGACCUCCAGUGCCACAAGUUUCUUAAGAAGCCACUUCUCUGUUUUGUCCGAUGUGGAGUGCCGUAGGAAGGCUGAGUGUCUUUGAGUUUAGUUUUAAAGGGGGAUUACCUUCGUGCCAUACUGAGCACUAGAGAAUUGAACCUUUUAUUUUUGUCCCUUAGAUGAAUGAUGCCCUCCUCCAGGAUGAGACUCUAGUGCCAUUAUAUCCUUGUUUACUAAGUUUUAGGAAUUUACUAAAACAGUGUAGCAGAGUCAGUGUUUUUCAUCACCUGCAUUUCAGUUCACCUUCCCCAUGUGAUGAAGGAUGGUUUUGAUCAUUUCAUGAUAUUUGCUGCUGAAAGAGACAAUCCCCACAUCAUGUUCGGUGCAACAUUAAUUUGAAAAUAAUAUCCAAUUUUAGUUUUGAAAAUUUACACUGCACAGAUGUUUCUGCAAUACCUUUUGUAAACAUUUUUAGUGUCCUUUGCAUAAAAUAAAGUUGCAUUUACUGCAAAA